AUGGUUGGUAUGGGUAGUACGAUAGCAGUCGAACUGUUUUCUACAUGGGCGGCGAGUUCGGCAACUGUUGCACGUUGCAUGCUCGGGUGAAUCAAUUACGACACUGAGACUUGUGCGGAUGAAGAUGAGUACAGAUCGAUUCCAGAAAACGUCGACUGCAUGCUUAAAGAUGACAAAAUGUUGCAUGAACAAGCCGAAAAAGCAUUCGAUCCACAAACAUAUAUACCACUUCCCGUCGGGCCAGGAACCGAACAGAUUGUACCACUUGAUCCGAUAAAAGCAUUGAAUGGUGCCGGUAAUGCAACCAACACACAACCUCCUGCUCAAGAAAAGAAAAUUGUUGAACAGAUUGCUCCUGCCGCUCCAAGCAAAGGCACUGCGAAUGAAUCUGAGGGAUUGACGAAUAAUGAAGUUAAAAAGGGCACUGAAAAAGAGCCUAAAAGAUCUGUUGAUAGUGACGUAAGAGCACAUAAGCUUGUACCGCCGUUAGCACAUAACAGCGGUUUAUGGGAGUCGAUUAGAAGUGGAAAUGAAGUGGAUGAAGUUGCUUGGCAAGGUGAAGCUGACCACUUGAAUAUCCAUCCUAUUUCUUCUUCGUCCAGAAUGCAACAGCCUCAGAGUACUGAUGUAAGUGCUGCUGAACAACGUGCACAGUCACAUGAGACUUCACUACCUGCCGAUUCGCAGUCAAAACGCAGACACGUCUCUGCGAUGAACCGAAACGCACUCUUCCAUGUUCCCACAGUUGUGGCGCAAUUCAAGCCUUUGGUACCCGUUCGACGCGUCUCGCUAACACCCUUCCAGAAGAAACUUCAACAACGCCGAGCACUUUUUCAGAUGGCCGUCGCACAUCUGAAACGAUUCAAUCGAUUCUGA